AUGUUUAUCUGGGGUCAGGCUUCCCAAUCAGUUGUCAAGCCUCAUUUAAGUGUAUCUUUCUCUGCAUCCAUCAUUCUCUUCCUUGGUCGAGCUUGGGAUGCCAUUUCGGAUCCUCUGAUUGGAUAUGCCGUGAGCAAGAGUGGCCGGACCAGAAUUGGCAAACUUAUUCCUUGGAUUGUGUUCACAAUACCACUUGGGGUCCUGUCAUACGUUAUGCUCUGGUAUACCCCACAGGACACCAUGUCCUCUGGCUUCAGUUUCGGCUGGUACUUCACAUGGUGCUGUCUGUUUGACACCUUCAUGAGUUGCUACCAUGUGCCAUAUUCUUCUCUAAACAUGUUUCUGGGGGGAAAUGAGAAGGAUCGAGACUCAGCCACUGCUUACAGAAUGGGCAUGGAAGUGUUCGCUACACUGGCGGGAGCUGCCAUUCAGGGUCAGAUAGUGGGGGUGCACCAUGCCAAGAGGACACACGUCUGCAGUUUGCAGAAUGACACGGAAGGGCCUUCUGCGAACACCACUGAAUCACUGGAUGACAUAUCUGACACUCUACAAAAUACAAGAAGUGCCUAUUUGACUGGAGCAUUAGUAUUGGGAAUGCUGUACUUCCUGUGCUGCCUCGUGCUUUUUCUUGGAGUGAAGGAGCAGUUGGCCCCUCUGAGUAAACUGGACCGCAUAAAUGUCCCCUAUCUAACUGGUAUAAAGAUGAUGGUGGGCCAUACUCCAUAUGUGCGGCUUGUAUUUGGCUUCCUGUUUACUUCAUUAGCCUUCCAGAUGGCUCAGGGAAAUUUUGCCCUCUUCUGCACUCACACAACAAAUUUGGGAGCAUAUUUCCAGCAUCUUGUUCUCAUACUAUUGACAGUAGCCACAAUAUCCAUCCCAGUGUGGCAAACAGUAUUAGUCACAAUAGGCAAGAAAACCACCAUAUUCAUCGGCCUAUCAUUUUAUAUCCCAGCACUAAUUGUGAUAUCCCUAGUGAAAAGUAAUUUACCCGCCUUCAUUAUGAUGUCCAUGUUAGCUGGCACGAGUCUGGCAUCCGUCUUUCUACUCCCUUGGUCAAUGUUGCCAGAUGUAGUGGAUGAUUUCAAAGUCAAGAACCCAUCAUGCCAGGAUCUAGAACCAUUGUUCUACUCCUGCUAUGUUUUCUUCAACAAAUUCGGAGGAGGCAUGUCUGUUGGAGGCUCUACGUUGGUAUUACAUUUUGUAGGAUACAAGCCUGGUGCUUGUAAACACAAUCCAGAGGUCAUAUUUGCACUGCGGGUGCUCUUCGCUCCAGUGCCAAUCUGCCUGCUGCUCAUCAGCUUGAUGAUUUUUUGCUUUUAUCCCAUCAAUGAAGGGCGACGGAGGAAAAUCCAGGAUGCAUUAAGGAAAGCAGGGUAUGUGUUUGUGUUUGUAUCACCUUGA